AUGACUUCACGUAUGAGUCGAAGACCCCGAGCGCUUGAUUCUGACGAUGAGGACUCGCGACCAAACACGCCCUCAUCAACAGCGCCGCACGAUAGCAAGCGACAGCGUCAAAGAUAUCAGCACUCCUCGGUCGAUGACGACGAUGACGACGACGACGAUGUUCACUCCGAUGCGAGCGCCUCGCCGAGUACUACAAUGAGGUCGCUGCGUCGCCAGGAUAGAGCUGACAGCGCCCGGAAUAACGCUUCACGCAUGCAAAGUCGCCAUCAACCCGGCGCCAUUGUUCGCGUCAAAUUGACCAACUUUGUCACCUACACGUCUGCAGAAUUCUUUCCGGGACCCAACUUGAACAUGGUCAUAGGGCCGAAUGGCACCGGCAAGAGUACUUUAGUAUGCGCGAUUUGUUUGGGACUUGGAUGGCCACCCUCGUACCUUGGGCGCGCCAAAGACCCCGUCGAGUUUAUCAAGCACGGAUGUCGGGAAGCGUCUAUCGAGAUUGAACUCCAGCGAUCCGCAGACUCGUCUCAAAAUCCCGUCAUCACCAGAGUUAUCAAGAGAGAAGGGAGUAAAUCCGUUUACACUAUCGAUGGACAUGCUAGCAAUGGCCGACAAGUUCAAAAGUUGGCGAAUUCAUUCAACAUUCAAAUCGAUAAUCUCUGUCAGUUCCUGCCACAGGACAAAGUGGUUGAAUUCGCGCAGAUGACUCCAAUCGAACUCCUCGCAAGCACACAACGUGCUGUGGCGGGCCCUGAGAUGGCCUCAAUGCACGAUGACCUCAAGCGAUUGCGCAGUGCCCAGAGCGAGGCACUAAACAAAUCCAAGGCCGAGCAAGAGCAGCUGGCCAAUCUCGAGAACCGUCAAGAAAUGCAACGUACAGAGGUUGAGAGGAUGCGUGAAAGAGCAUUGGUCAAAAAGAGACUUGAGUGGAUGGAGAAAUGCAGACCCCUUGUGGAAUAUUCCGAGUGCAGAGUCAAAUACAAAGAGGCCAAACUGAAAGCGAAAGCGAUCACCCAGGAGCUCAAACGUCUAAAGGCCAUUUCUGCUCCCACUUUGAAAGACCUUGAGUCAAAGAGACAAUACGAAAGAGAUGUGAGGUCAUUGAAGGAGAAGCGCAAGAAAGAUCUGGCAGUGACCGAACGUAAGUGUGAAGAGGCAGCGAGGAAGAUUGUUGACACGCAGAGCACCGUCGACGAAUUCAAGAACAAACUGGAGGCCGAGAGACGAGUCCCCAGCGAGAAGAAGGCGGAGAUAGGACGCCAUAUGGGGUCGAUCGCACAGUAUCGGCAGAAAAAGGAACAACCGCCACCAGAAUUUGACGCUCGAGCAAUGACGGACGAAAUUCAGCGACUGAAGAAUCAGCAGAGAGCUUUUGAGGCCCAGAAACUCGAACUGAAUGAGCGCAAAGAACUUCUCAGGACGCAAGGACUUGACGCCAAGUCCCGGCGUGAGGCGUUGGAAAAGACCCUUCGUAGUAUGCAGACCGAAGCCGGGAAGCAGGAACUGAAACUGAAAGAUGUCUCAAGAGACACAUUCAAAGCUUGGGAGUGGAUUCAAAACAACCGGGAAGAAUUCAGCGAGCACGUGUACGGUCCUCCCAUCGUGGAGUGUUCGCUUAAAGACCCCGGAAUGGCCGAUGCUGUCGAGUCUCUCCUUCAACAGAACGACUUCAAAAUCAUCACCGUUCAGAACAAAGACGAUUUCAGAAAGCUACAAGACAAGCUUUCAAGGGGACUAAAGCUACACGACGUCAGCCUCCGGGUCUGCCCUCCCGCUAACUCUCAACACCUAACACAUCGGCCCUUGAACUCAGAAGAGAUGGCGAAGUUUGGUUUGACCAGCUGGGCGAUCGACCAUAUACAAGGCCCAGCGCCUGUCCUGGCGAUGCUCUGCGCCGAAAGAAACCUUCAUCGCGCAGCCAUGAGCUCUGCCGAACUGACCCAAGAACAGCAUGAGCAGCUCGCCGCAACCUCAAUAGCCAGCUAUGUGGCUGGGCGAAAACUAUACCAAUUCAUGCGCCGAGCAGAAUAUGGCACUGCGGGUACCUCGUCUCGUGUAGGUGACCUUCGUGCCGCCAAAAUGUGGACAGAUCAGCCCGUCGAUAUGGGGAGGCAGACAGCUAUUCAACGACAAAUUAAUGAAGUGACCGGUGAAGGAAAGCUCAUGUCGACCGAGUUCCACAACCUCAAGGCCGAAAUUACUCGGCUUGAUGACCAAAUAAAACAGCUGGCCGAUGAAGAGUCGGCAAAACGGUCGGAAAGAGACACGAAGCAGGCUGCUCACGCGGCUUAUAAAAAGCUUGACGCACAGAUUGCGGAGAGAGAAGAAAAGAUCAAAAUCGUGGAGAGGGCGUUGGCAGAGUCCAAAGAGCGUGUGAAGCGACUGAAUGACGGAUUGGCUGAUGCCGUGAUAGAAAAGACGAACGCGGUUCUAGCCUUUGCUUCGGCUGUGGGGGCCGUCAAAACCAAGUCUUCCGCUUUGCUUGAGGCUGAAGUGUUGCACAUCGAAGCGACUUCAGACUUUGCAUACCUGGCCAGCCAGAACGAGCAGAUUGUCCGUGCCAUCAGGGAGAAAGAGAAAGAGGUUGCAGAAGCAGAGAAGGUUCACGAAACACAUCACGAGCGAGCGAGGGGUCUCUACUCCGAUUGUCAGCGCAUACAAGCCGAAGCCCAACAGCUGCAGCAAGAUGAAGACGACAAUGGAUUUAUGGAGCUGAUCCAACGUAUGGCCGAACAAGUCAAGACUCUAGAAGCUCUCGAAGGCGAAAUAGAUGCCGAGAAAGCCAAACUUGAAUUGACCGAGGGAGGCAGUACCAAUAUCAUCAAGGAAUACGAGGACCGAGCCAAGUUGAUUCAGAGACUGAGAGUCAAACUCGGAGACGAUGCACAACAGCAAGCCGACCUCAAGCACGGUAUCCAAGAGAUUCGUGGCAAGUGGGAAGCACGUCUGGAGGCUGUCGUUUCCAAGAUCAAUGAAGCAUUUUCCGAUUCUUUUGCAAGGAUUGGGUGUGCGGGUCAGGUGGCUGUCUACAAGGCAUCUUCAGACAUGCCUGCAGACUGUACGGAAGAGAAUGGAGGCGCAGACAACGGACUCGACUUUGCGAACUGGGCCAUUCACAUCAGUGUCAAAUUCCGCGAGCAAGAGCCGCUCAGUCUUCUUGACAGUCACCGACAAUCUGGCGGAGAAAGAGCAGUGAGUACGAUAUUCUAUCUCAUGGCCAUGCAAAGUCUGAGUCAAGCGCCUUUCCGCGUUGUGGAUGAGAUCAACCAAGGUAUGGAUCCUCGGAACGAGCGCAUGGUGCAUGGCCGGAUGGUGGACAUUGCAGCGGACGAUGGUGGUAGUCAAUAUUUCCUGAUCACGCCCAAGUUGUUGAGUGGGUUGAAAUACAGAAGGGGCAUGACAGUGUUGUGCAUUGUCAGUGGUGAGAACGUGCCAUCAGCACGCGUACAAACGGAGAAGGGCGGAUGGACGGAUGGUCCCAAGGUUGAUUUCAGGUCAAUUGUGCAAAAGGCCAAAAGCCUUGGGCAUAGAGGUGCGGCUCAUAAUGACAGGAGGGUUGACUCUGGAGUUGGCCUCGGAGGCUUCGACUCGACAAUUCGGUCAACACCAGUUGGAGCAUGA